GAAUACUAACACAAAAAAGGGGUGUGAAGCACACAUUUUUUAGAUUUUUUUCUUGACUCAUUAGCCAGAUAUGUAAUUCAUACUCAUUCAAACACCAAGGCACUAUUCCAUAAUUUAAUGAGAAUCCCUGAAAAAAAAAUAAUGGAAAUGGUACAAAACGCCACAUAAAUAUCCUUAUUUCAAAAUUAUGCGUAGAAAAGAACAAGACUCGUGUCUCCACUGUUUUAUCACCACGAAGCUUCCUGGAUCUGCAACCAUCUCUUCAUCUCGUUUUCCUUGGGUUGCCUUCAGCCUGCUUUGUAGAAAUGUAGACAAUUUUACUUUGUCUCAUUAUCCUCAGCUCCUGCUUCUCCUCAUGCCCUGGCAAAGGAGUUGAUCCACCUGUCCUCCUGGUGCUGGCUGCCCCCUUCUACCUAAGCACCCUUUAUUAACGUUGCAACCACCCACUGCGGGAAGGAUUAAAUUCUUCUCAGAUAAGGGUUUAUUGUAUUAAAGAAUGAAUUUGCUCACAUCAGGGGCUCUAUGCCCUGCUCUAUGCCAUCAGCUAAAGAAAAGGCAUUUUAAGAGUGUGAAAACCAGAGUCUCUUGGCGAAUUUUCCCUCAGUUAUAGCAAAAAUAAACACAAAGGAAAAGAAAUCCUAAACCACCACAAAAACAAAGAAGCCAGUUUUAUACUGGUGAUAUCGUGAUAAGUGACAGAAUAGAGUCCAGUGGGAAAUUGCCUGCCAUGGCUCCCACACGCACAGAUGCCAGGCACUGGGGGGACGCUGGGCUCUGGGGUGACGCUGUCCUGUCUGCAUCGUUGCUCUCUUCCUGGUGCAUGCUACUGCUUUUCUCUUUCUGACUGAGCACCGUUUACAACCGGAAUAACUACUUGCUAAUUAGGGGCUAUAUCUAUUAAUUGCUUGUUUGUUAGAGCAUGACUGAGCAGCCAGCCGCUCUUCGGGCCCUAUCUUUUGACUUUUUGUUUUAAAUUACAUUUUCAUCCAGGGAGUGACUUGCUCACAUGACAGCUCAGUGCCUGCCGGGCCCCGCACCCCUCGCCAGCUGCCGCGGGCAGCGGGCGUGGAUGCAGGGCCGGGACCCCCCAAGGGAUGGGGGCGCUCAGGGGCCAGCCCCGAGGAAGAGCCGGAGAGGAGCCGCUGUCGCAAAGGGACACCCGCAUCAGCCCGUCCCCGGGAGCCCCGGCUAGGCCAGCGGGAGGAGGCGAGCCGGAGCCCCGCUCCCGGGGGCAGAGCGCGCCGCUGAGAGGAGUUUCCACGGCGCUGGCUCCGCUUUACGGUCUGGCACAUUGCUAUGGACCCGGGCUGGGCACGGGUGGGCUCGCCAGCUCGGGAGCGAGCAGGGCUAGGCUUCCAACAAGCAGCCUUCUGUCUCCUCAGCAAAGCAGACGGAGAUGGAGACGGCGAAGCAGGGCCACGCGUAGCCCCCGCCGCAGGUGGUGAUGCUCGGAGCAUCCUCUCCAUCCUCCCGGCCUCUCGCCCGGGCCCUGCGCGGGCGGGCGCGGGGAGCGGGGCAUGCACGGCUUCCCCGCUCCGGGUUUCGUGUAGGAGCAUCACCCCGGCCCGGGCCGGCAGUCCGCACACCCCCGCCCCAGCAGCAUGCACACGGCAGCCCCGCCAGCCUGCAACCUACCUGGGGGCCCCAAAAAACUUUGCUGGCACCAGCAAGCGCCAGCGCGGGAGACACCCCGCAAACCUGCGCUGCCCCCCAUCCCUUGGCAUCUCAAGUCCCAGCCGGGAGAAGCCAACCUUGUCGCAAGGGUCCUGAGGAUGAGAGUACCCCGGACGGACAAUCCGUCUCCCGCCUGGAGCAGGUCCCUCUUUCUCCCACCCCUGCGGUCUUGUCUAUAAUUGGGCCGGGGCGAGGCUCGCAGAAUUGGGCAGGAGGCAGGGCUCUCCCCAGCACGCCCGCUUUAAUUGGCUCCUUUUUUUUUUUUUUUUUUUUUUUUUUUUUUUUUUUUUUUUUUAAGCGAUGGGGAAUGAAAUGGUGAAGAGGGUAGGAGGAAAACCUGGAAAGCCAACACGGUAGAAAAUCAGGCGCGGCUGGCAGAGCCGGCAGGCAGGGAGGUGUGAGGCGCCCUGGGGCCAGCCCCGCCGGCGGGCGGUGGAGCGGAGUGCCCCGGCGCCGCCGGGGGAGCGGUGACGUUCCCGGCAACUUUUGGAGGAAAUUUUGGCGCUUCACGAAAAAGCGGUGGGGUAGGGACCUCCCAAGCGGUUUCCAGCUGGCGUCUGGCAGGAGUGGCUCAACUUUGUCCAGCUGCUUGUCCCUCAUUGCCGGCUACCUUCCACUUGCAGCCUGAUAGUUCCCACUAGGAGCUCCGGCAGCCGUCGAGGGAGAGAGAGACGGGCCCCUGUACAGCUGCAAAUCCUCUGCGAGGCGGGCGGAGCAGGCAAGCACGGAGGCGACGCACCCACACGAGGCUGGCACACAGCAUCAGGGAAAGUUUUGAAGGGCGAAGGACCUGGCAGGCUGGGGAGGAGGCGAGGAGAGCCGGGCUGAGCUGCAGGCGCAGCGAGGGUGCGUGGUCUGUCUGCUCCUCGGUUGCUUCUCCCUUCAGGCUGGUUGGGGCGGUGCAGUGCAGCUGGGAGAGCUCUUGGGAGCCGAUUUAAAAAAAUAAAAAAAAUCUUUCCUGGAUUUGAUUAAUUACAACAAUCCCCUCCUCAGAAGAUCUGGAAAAGAGGAGCGAGAAUCACCUAUCCCUUCCUCCGCCUUUCAGCAGCUGGCUCCUACCCCCCACCCUCGCUUCCCCCCUUUUUCUCCUCCUCCUUCUUCUUGUCUCCCCGUCCGCUCCGGGGGCUGCGGCCAGAGCCUCGUCAGGAGGAGGGAGGGUGAGGACUCACCCAAGUUGGCCCCAGUUGGCAGCACUUCGGGCAGCGCGGGACUUGGGGCAGCUCCCGCUGAACAAAGGAGCCCGUUUCCCGCAGGGAUUCGGGGAUAGCGCCGGGCUGGCCCGGGCCCCGCUCCUGCCCUAGCCCGGUGCCCCCGGGCUGGCCUUUCCCCGUACCCCGAGCGCGGGCGCGGCUGCCUGUUCGCCUGGAGAUCCUCGAGCAACCUGGCGAGGGGAAGCGGGAAGCGGCACUCCGCGUUUUUGCCCUCUCUGCUUCCUUCUCUCGCUCUCUCCCUUCUUUUUUUUCCUUUUUUUUUUUUUCUUUUUUUUCCCCUAAAUUUUAGAUUUUACCCGCAGGCGGCCCAGGUGUGGGGGGGGUCCCUUCCUCCGCCCGAGGGGCGCCGGUGCCCGGCGCGGAGCGGGGCGCAUGGGGCGGCGUUUCAGGAGGCUUUCGGCUGCUCCCUGCUCCCCCGCCGGAUGCUGCCUGAGCUGUUUUGGCUGUUUUUCUUCGCCGGCGAUGAAGGCUCUGCCUUGAAGAUGGACAUGAUCUGUUUUUUAUUCCUGUCUCUGGUGCCGGUGUACAGCAGGGGACAAGGGGUGUACGCUCCUGCUCAGGCCCAAAUCAUCCAUGCUGGGCAAGCAUGCGUGGUGAAGGAAGACAACAUCAGUGAACGCGUUUACACAAUUCGGGAGGGGGACACGCUGGUCCUGCAGUGUCUGGUCACAGGACACCCCCGGCCACAGGUGAGAUGGACCAAAACUGCUGGCAGCGCGUCGGACAAAUUCCAAGAGACGUCAGUGCUUAACGAGACCCUUCGGAUUGAGAAGAUCCAAAGGCUGCAGGGGGGCCGCUAUUACUGUAAAGCAGAAAAUGGGGUUGGGGUCCCUGCCAUCAAGUCCAUUCGAGUAGAUGUGCAGUAUCUAGAUGAGCCUGUCCUCACCGUUCACCAGACCAUCAGUGAUGUACGUGGCAGCUUCUACCAGGAGAAGACCGUCUUCCUCCGCUGCACUGUCAACUCCAACCCUCCCGCCCGCUUCAUCUGGAAGAGGGGAGCUGAGAUACUUUCUCACAGUCAGGACAAUGGUGUGGACAUCUACGAACCCCUUUACACGCAGGGUGAAACCAAAGUCCUGAAGCUGAAGAACCUUCGACCUCAGGAUUAUGCCAGCUACACAUGCCAGGUGUCUGUCCGCAAUGUCUGCAGUAUCCCUGACAAAUCCAUCACCUUCCAGCUCACAAACACCACAGCCCCACCUGCUCUGAAGCUGUCUGUCAAUGAGACUCUGGUGGUCAACCCUGGUGACAACAUCACCAUGCAGUGCUCUCUGACGGGCGGCGACCCACAGCCAGAGGUGGUUUGGUCCCACUCUCCUGGCCCAAUGCCUCCCAACAGCCUCGUGCAAGGAGGCAACCUCACCAUCUGGAGGAUCCGUGUGGAGGACUCGGGCUACUACAACUGCACGGCCAUCAACAACGUGGGGAACCCAGCAAAGAAGAUUGUGAACCUGCUGGUGCGGUCCAUGAAGAAUGCCACGUUCCAAAUCACUCCUGAUGUGAUCAAAGAGAGUGAGACCAUCCAGUUAGGCCAGGACUUGAAGCUCUCAUGCCAUGUAGAUGCUGUCCCCCAGGAGAAGGUUGUCUAUUCGUGGUUCAAGAACGGAAAACCAGCCAGGUUCUCAGACCGGUUGCUCAUCACCCGCAAUGACCCCGAGCUGCCACCUGUGACCUGCAGCUUGGAGAUUAUUGACCUGCGAUUCAGUGACUAUGGCACCUACCUGUGCGUGGCCACCUUCCAGGGAGCACCCAUUCCUGACCUCAGUGUGGAGGUGAACAUCUCCUCAGAGACAGUGCCGCCAACAAUCAGUGUCCCUAAGGGUCAGUCCACCAUCACUGUGCGGGAAGGCUCCAGGGCUGAGCUGCAGUGCGAGGUUCGAGGAAAGCCGAAGCCACCCAUCCUCUGGUCCCGGGUGGAUAAGGACACCCCCAUGCCUUCAGGGACAGUGACAAUGGAGACGUACGAUGGGAAGCUGCACCUGGAGAGUGUGAGCCGAGAAAUGAGCGGGACCUAUAAGUGUCAGACAGCCAGGUACAAUGGAUUUAACAUCAGACCCCGGGAAGCCCUGGUGCAGCUCAAUGUGCAGUUCCCCCCCGUGGUGGAGCCGGCCUUCCAGGACGUGCGGCAGGGCAUGGGGCACAGCGUCACCCUGCGCUGCACCAUGCUCAAGGGCAGCCCCAUGCGGGUGGCCACCUCCGUGUGGCGCUUCAACGGGAGCCUGCUGGCGCAGCCCCUGGCCGAGCAGCAGGACUACUCGGAGCUCAAGGUGGACAGCGUCAGCCGGGAGACCAGUGGCAGCUACGAGUGCAGCAUCUCCAACGACGUGGGCGUCUCCGCCUGCCUCUUCCAGGUGUCUGCAAAAGCUUAUAGCCCAGAGUUUUACUAUGACACUCCCAACCCCACCCUGAGCCAGAAGCAAUCCAAGAAUUACUCUUACAUCUUGCAGUGGACCCAGAAGGAGCCUGAUGCUGUGGAUCCCAUCCUCAAGUACCGCCUGGAAGUCCGGCAGCUGUCUCAGAGAAACACCAUCCAAACCUUUAUUCCUGUGAAGAAAAUGGAGAAAGGCCUGUUGCUGGAGCACAUCCUGCCCAACCUGAAAGUGCCUCAGAGCUAUGAAGUUCGCCUGACGCCCAUCACCAGCUUUGGGGCUGGAGAUAUGGCAUCCCGCAUCAUCCGGUACAUGGAACCAAUCAACUAUCCCAAUCCAACAGAUAACACCUGCCGCUUUGAGGACGAGAAGAUCUGCGGCUUCGUGCAGGACAAGAUGGACAACUUCGACUGGACGCGGCAGAACGCCCUGACCCAGAACCCCAAGCGCACCGUCAACACGGGGCCCCCCACGGACAUCAGCGGUACGCCAGAGGGUUAUUACAUGUUCAUCGAGGCGUCCCGGCCCCGGGUGACAGGAGACAAAGCCCGGCUCAUCAGCCCCCUCUACAACAUCACUGCCAAGUAUUACUGUGUCUCCUUCUACUACCACAUGUACGGGAAGCACAUCGGCUCCCUGAACCUGCUAGUUCGCGUGCGGAACAAGCGAGCCAUCGACACCCAGGUCUGGUCCCUCAGCGGGAAUCGGGGCAACAUGUGGCAGCAGGCACAUGUGCCCAUCAACCCGCCUGGGCCCUUCCAGAUCAUCUUUGAAGGUGUCCGAGGCACGAGCUACGAGGGGGACAUUGCCAUCGACGACGUCACUCUGAAAAAGGGAGACUGCCCGAGGAAGCCAAUUGGACCGAAUAAGGCUGUUGCUCUUCCAGGAAGCGGUGUCCCAGCCCUGCACAGCCCUUGGCUUUGUGGACCAUUGACUUUCUUCCUUUACGUGCUGCUCAGAUGAUGGCAAGUGAGCGCUCCUGUCUUCGGAUCAAGACAUUCCUGCUCCUUUCCUACUCAGCCACCUCUGCUCCUCUUCCUCCCCUCCUCACUGGCACACCAAAGUGUCCAUAUGUUACCAAAGACUGACAGGCAUGACCAUGCAAAGGGAUCUGGUUCAGAACUGGAGCACUCCUUGAGAAAGUCAUAAUGUCUAGAACAAAAUUUAAAAAUAAAGACAGAACUUUUUUUAAAAAGCACGUGCACGAGAGAGAGAGUGAGAGAGAGAGGAAGGAAAGAAACACAUACAGAGAAAAGAAGGAACGAAACACAAAAAACAGGAAUGAAGAAAUGUGAAGAGCAAAUGAAGGAAGAAAAAAAAAACCACCCCCAUGUUUCCUUGGGAAUGUUGGACAGGGCUUCCUCAGGGAAGUGGGAACUUGUUUUAAACAAACAAACAAAAAUAUAUUAAAGCACAAAUUUCUACCAGAACAGUUACCUUCUUUGCUGCAGAGCCCACAGCCUAGUGGAUGACAUCCUGCAGCACUCCCCUUGUCUCCUCAUGCUUUCCCUCUGGCUGGGGCUGCCCCGCUCUGGCCCCGCUCCCCGCAGUAGCACCGCCUCGUCCGCGGGCAGCACCGCCCGUGCCGGCGGCCGCAGCGCCUUUCCUCGCACCGCAUGUGCUUCGGUGUCUCCAUCCAUCCACAUCCUCCAGGCUCUCACCUAUUUAAUUGCCCCCAGUGUGGUUUGCUUUGGCCUUUCCCCACCGCUCUGUGCUUCUCAUCCCAUGGCCUGGCGAAGAUGGAGCAAGGAAGGGACCAAUGACAUGGACCACGCUGAGUGGUGAAGUCCUGGCGGGAUCCAGCAGCAGCACUGGCCUCCAAGAGCCUCUUUCUGUCUCUCAGCACUCUUGCUGGGUAGGGAGCAGGUCUCAGCUGCAGACAGAAAAGUUUGGUCUCUAUGGGGCUGAGGGAUGGGAUGUGACGGGAUGGGACUGGAAGGGUGGAGCAGUUGCACAUUGGCUUCCCCCUGUGAAUAUUGGGAUGACAACUGCCUCAGCCCUAAACCCAGGGUGGCCUCUCUGCCCACAUUUUGUUACCUAUUUAUUUUGGUUUUUAUCCCAUUGCUUAACCUCCUCCACCUCAAGUUUUCUGGAUUAUGAGAAGAGUCAGGCAUUUAAACGUUCUUCAACCAGGCAGCAAGUCCUGCCCAUGACCCAGCCCCCGGGCUGGCAGCUCAGGCAGCUCCAAUGCUGCCCUCUCACCUCACAAGGCUUUCCUGCAUGCACAGUGCAUUUGCUGCAGUGUGGGCAAAAGGUUGGCAACAGCAUUGCUGCUCAGGGCUGAGGUGGCUGAAUUUUAUCAGCACAUGCAGCCACACAGGCACUCAGCUUCCACUGCCACGGCAGUGGGCAGAGGAGCUGAAACAUGGAACAGGCAAGAAACUGCUCCAAGAGGGAUGGAGGCAGGAAGUUGGCCUGAAAGAGGGGCUUGUGCUGAACUGUGGCCCUGUUUGCCACUGAGGAACAAAGGAACAGGGAUGGGGGAAAUUCACCUUUUUCUUGAUGGUAUCAGGAGUGGGUGCAGCUGGUGUUUCUCUCUGCUGCAAACCUGUAGCAGGUCUGGCCUAACCUCCUCAAGGUGGGGGCACAAGGUUCUGCUCCAGGUGAACACCCAGGAGAAGGAUUUGCCCUGCACUAGCCAGACAGGAGCUGUGAUAGCCUUGUUGCAUCUGGAAGCAGCUCUGGGCACAACUUACCUCCCUGCACAGGGCAGAGCUAGCCCCACAAGGCUGUGAGUUGGGAUUUACUAACCCACACUGGUAAUUAGUUAAGUGUGACUCUUCCUCCUAAAGGACACCCCCUCCAAAAUCCCUAUCUGGAGUACCACAGAUAAGAUAGCUGUCUCAAUGAAGACCCAUGGCUCCUUACCCAUUUCUGAUGAAUAUAUCAGCUUCUCUAAGACAGCUGUGUUUGUCUGAAAUCACCUGAAUGAAUGUAUUUGCUGCCUCCUGCUCAGCUUCCAGCCACGGCUGGGGCCUCAUUGCCUUCACUGAUGGAGGGGGGAAGCUCCUACUUAAUUCCCAGCAGAGACAGCCACCAUCAGAGAGAGAAAAGACAUCAGCUCUGAGGGACAAGGGGACCUUCUUCACAGGAGGCCUUGCAAGACAGUGGGAGGGCAUGUUACAGGUCUCCCCAGCUCGUUCUGCUUUUCUCCAUUUCCAAGAAUUGGGGCCGUGUCUUUUCUGUCUCCACUCCUCCCUCCAGAGCCAGACCUCAAUCACAGUGCACAUUUGACCAGGAAGCCCAUGGCUGUUGCCCAGGGCCAGGCAGUGCCAUGGGAUACAGUGGGUGCCAACAGCAAAUCUGUGUCUUGCUGUCUGUUGCCAUUUUCAUGGGCAGCCAGUGCUGCCCUUUUUUAGGCUGAGUUCUUUCAGCUCUUCCUUUCCUCUGUGCUUGUUGGAGGUCAGAUGUGAUCACCCUGCUCCUGGUAAGAGUCUGCUUUCACUCCCAGGAGAGAGACCAUGCUUUUCCAGGGGCACUUGAAAGCUUCACCUGAUCUGUCAGCAGUAAAAUAUUUGUGUUGCAUUGCUGGUGCAGAAGGCUUCUGCUGGGCAGAAGGUGGAGACAGGAGUGCUUCCCCAUCGAUAAGAGAUGGCCCAGGGCAACCAUCUCACCUUCUAAGCUCUGAGGCAGAGGCCCCUAUGCAUUUGUUUCUACAGACUGCUCAGCCCAGGUUGCACAAGCACCCAGGUUUUGCUGGGGUUUAGUGGGCAUCAAAAGUGCUGUGGGGCUGGGGAGGUGCAGCCUGAAGGUUCAGGAUGAUGGACAAAGCAUUACCUGUGAGCAGAUGUCAGCAAAAGGGCACCACAAUUUUAGAAAGGGACACCUGCAGGGAGGGAGUCCAUGCCCUGGUGCCAGCCCCUGCGAGGAAGGACGUAAGAGCCCCACCACAUCAAUCAGUGGCACAGGGGGCAAGAAGCCCUUUGGUGGCCAGAGGUCCAGAGCAGAGCAAGGAGGCUGCCCCAGCCAGAGGUGAAGCCUUCUCCUGCUGUCAGCUUCAUCAGCUUCAGUAAAAGUCUCAGGAAGCCCCUUCCCACUUAGACAUCUGCCCGUUUAUCUCUGGCCAGAGAGCAGCUGCUGGUGAGCUUGGGGGAAGGUCAUUAACCCAAGUGCCUCUGCUUGUCAGAGGUACCGAGGACAAAAGGAAAGACCUCAUUUCCCUGGCAGAUGUGCUGAGAGAUGGUACCAGAGGAAAGAGGCACUUCAGCAGCAAGGAUGGGAAGCUUGCAGUGAUGGAGUGGAGGGGAGGCAGGGUCCCUCUUCUUUGAGGAUAGCGGUAUUUGUGGUUUACCACCCCAUGCUUGAGAAGCAAGUCUCCUUGUGGUGGUGAUGCAUCCCAGGUGAGAUGUAAAGCCAUGCUCCUUACUCCUUCCAAUUAAAGAUCCCUUCGCGUUUUUCACAGUGUUCUGGCUAAAUUACAGUCCUUAAACUUAAUUACUGUCUGUCUUCUUAAAUAUCUGUUGCAGUCUCCCAAUGUUAUGUGUCUCUUCCUGAUGUUUUAUGUUGCUCUGUGCCUAUCCAAUAGCUGCUUUAUUCCACUCCAGAAGUGGCUGCAUUUCAGCAGUGGUGGAUAUUAUUCCUGUAUAUAGUAUGAAAUUCCCUGCAGAAGAAAAGUGCAAUAUAAAUUUAAGAGACUGCUUUUAUUUACAAGGAGACCUCUGCUUGGUAGUUGUAGAAAUACAUUAGGAAGAAUGCUGUGUGGGUGUUAGCCGAUAUAUACUCGAUUUCAUUUUUUUUCAGGGUAUAGAACAGAAAAUAUGUGAGUGUGCAGGCUCCUGGGUAUAAGUUGUAGAUAUUAGAAGUAGUGAAUGCUACUGUGUAGUUACCAGUGGGGCUUACAAAGAAACUUACAUUUGAAACCUCUUUUUGUAGUUGUUCACUGUAUUCUGAAAAAUAUACUUUUUAAUUAUAAUUUUCUACAGUUCAGUGCAAGUCCAAAUAGCAGAUCAUCAACAGAACUUUAAUCCAUGGCUUUUAACAAUAUGAACAUCAGUUCCUACUGCUUGCCCUGAAAUGCAGUGCCUGGCUGGUAAUAAUAAUAGACUAUUUUUCUUCCACAAAGAUCAGCCGCUGGAAAGCGAUGGACCUAAUAUUUUCCAUUUGAUCUGGAGUUAAGUAAUUAGGAACACCUGAGUGCAACCCUUCCCAGCUGUAUGGGAAGGAAAAAAUGCUUCAUGUACAUGAAAAACUUUGCGCAGUGCACAAAUGGUUUGGGAACUGUUCAUGGGUGCCUUUCAACUCAGCAUAUUCUGGGAUUCCGUGAUUGGCAGGCAGGCAGAGCUGCUCCAGCAGAGCUGCACAGCGUGCUGCCUGGAGAACAGCUGUAGCAACAGUGAUAGGGAGCCCUUCUUCUGGGAACUAGUUUUCUUCUGGAAAGAAAUAUGGCAGCAAUCAGGGAAAAAUUGGGGGGAGGGGGGGCAGGCUUCAGAAAUUUAAGCUGGUACUUUUUUUGCAAGAAUAAUUUAGAGAUGUGAGAAUGAGUGUAGUAAACAUGCUACCAAUCGUAUUUUAUUCCCCCCUGCUAUUCAAAGUAUUGAAAUUUAAUUUCUUUCUAUACAAAAUCCUGUGGGUGCACUACUCCAGAAUUACAAAACAAAAUAAUAGUUUACAACCAAAGGGAGAGCAGAGUCUCGAUUCCUCCUCCUCCUCAGCUUGUCCCUAUCACUCUGUGCCAAGAGGUGCCCAGCUUUUGGAUUGGUGCCGGGUGCUUCUCAGCCUGGGGGGGACACUCAGUGGUGCUGGUGGGAGAAGCAUCCCUCCACCAGUGCCCUGAGCCUCGUCUCCAGCAUGAAGUGGUCCCCGUGCAGGGCACUGUCAAGAGAAAGCCCUGCUCCCCAUUUGCUCUCAGCAAGGCUGAGGCAGGGAAUUUUGCCUAUGGGAAUUGCCAGGGGGUCCUUCAUGCUGCCCUGGGCAGAGACAGGCAAAGGAACCAGGGCAUUUUCCCUCCUCCAUGGAGUAAGUGGUGUCACCUCACCCCACGUGAAGAGAUAAACCUCUUUGUUAAAGCAGAGAGCUCAGGAAGCUGCUGCUUCAGGAUGUUGCUGUUUUAGUUACCUUUAUCUGCCAGCACCACACAGAUGCCCAUUUUCCUCUGGAAGUGCUGCAGCACCCCUUUGCCUCCUGGGUGCCUUUGGGUGUGCUACAAUGGCACGGAGGAGCAUAUCACCAUGGACUCUGUGCCUCGAGCUGGGUGUGGUGGGACAUGGUGCCACAGCACCUACUGGUGCCCUGCUCUUGCACCCACCUGCUUUUCAAUGAUGACAGCAGUUGCAUUGUCAGUAUUUCCUGUGCUAAGGAUGGGCCUCCCGGCACUCCUGGCUUUGGGAGACCACUUUAGGUCCUUUAAAUUGCCCUGAUAUGUUGUCAUUUCCAGGCUGCCCUUGAUUUGGGUGCAUCCGUGUUUAUAACAGGAAGUGUGCAGCAGCAGGACCCUGCGCAGGCUGUUGCCAUAAUUUGUAUUUGCUUUGGCCCAAAUGAUAGCUGCUCAUCCUGCAACAAAAGGCUUUUACAGAAUAAAAAGGCAGGAGAGCUCUGGAUAUUGCAUUUUAACCUGACCAAAUUUACACUCCAUGGUAAUAAUAACUGGCAGCUGUUGGUUUCCAGCAGGGAGUGAAUAGCCUUGGUCCACCCAGCACCCCAAAUGAUAGCUGUGGGAUGUGUUUUCAGUACUUCCCUUGGGAUUAAGGCACACAUCAGUUUGGCUGAUCAUCUGACACCACCCAGCACCCCACAGGGAAUUUUGGGGUCCUCUGAUGGCUACUUACAGUUUGGUAUGGUCAUACAAGACCACUUCUGCUCUGGAGGCUUUGAACAUCCCAAGCAGCACCGUGGGAUGGCCCAGGGCCACUUUUGACCACCCAAUUCCAGAGAGGGGCAGAAUGCAGUUUGCAGACAACUGUAGUCUGCAGGACAAUCUCUUGGCCAUGGAAAAGCAAUGCCAUCCCACUCCAAUUUGUCUGAAGUGUAUGCCUGACAUCCAGACCGUGGGCUGUGAGUCAGGUGCAUGCUCAGUGGCUUUGCCAUCAAGCAUCCUUUCUCAAACAGAGAGGGAGCUCCAGAGACAGACAGCAAGUCAGCAGGGCUUACUGUGUCCUGUGCUGUGUGGCUGCAGGAAAUAGAGGCUCAGUCCAGAUUGCCCAGAUCUGCUCUGGCACCUUCUCCAUCUUGCUGCAGCCUGCAGCCCUGGCAAAGCCUGAGGGGCUGGUGGGGCUGCCUGGGUGGUGGUGGUGGAGCAGGAGCACUUCAGGGCAUGUGUUGGCUCCAUCAGGGACCUAUGAGAGGCAAAGGAAGGCUCACAACAGCACCAUGCAUGGCUGGAUGGAUGGACCAGGGCUUGUGUUCUCUGGAAAAGGAGAGAGGAAGGAUGAGAUGAACAGUGCAUUGUCCUUUGUUUCACUGAUAGCAGGCAGUAGGCUCUGACCUGCAGCUUCUCAGAUGCUGGGCAAGGAGACUAAAGAAAAUCCUGAGACCAGAUUUCCCAGUAAAAUACACUAGCCCAGCUCCAGAUCCUCAGCACAUCUGUACAUGAAGAAGCCAGGCAAGCCACUGUCCUCCCAUGAGUGAUCCCUGAGGAAAGCUGCAAAGGGCUGGUCCCAGCUUAUGAGCACUGUCCUUCUCACUGCUGCCUUUCAUGGUUUUCCAGCACUGAGCAUAGAACGAGGGAAAGGGAGAGAUGCUGUCUUCACUGUUGCAAGGGUAGAGCUGGGUGAUUAGAGGUUUUUGUAGAGAGGAGUGCAGGUCUGUGGUAAAUCCAGGUUUUGCUUGCAUUUGCUAUGUCCUAAAAACAGUUGGGUCCUGUGGAAUGAGACAAAAUUUUGUGCUUCCAUUAGCUGUUGUUCUAAAAGGAAAUGGGGCUAUGAAUCUUUGACUUAGAGUGGGAUUUUUUUACCCUCAGGAUGGCCUAAACUCAGUAUAAGACAGGGCCAGCAGGACAGCUGUCAUACAGAGCCAGUCACUCCCAGUACCUGUGCGCAAGGCUCAUGGAGAUGGAUGUGCCCUGUGCUGCAAUGGCUGGGCCCUUGCCUGAAGCUGUGAGCUGAGUGACAUGUACCUGUCUGCUCUGCCAUCCAUGUGCCUCUGUCCUGUCUGACAACCAAGUCUGGAGGAAGAUAAAAGCCCCCCUGCUGCUGCUGCUGUGAGCCAGUGGGGAUCUGCUUUGGCUGGGGGAGAUGGGCUCUGGUCCUGCCAUGUAGGCAGUGAUGUGGCUUCCAGCUGUGUAAAGCCCAGCUGUUACAAUGAAGAGAUACUCCAAGAUCUUCAGAAGUUGCGUAACUGUGGCAAGCCUCAGUUCAUCAGCAAAGACAGGCCCUGGGUAGGAGCUGGAACAUGCCAGAUGUCAGCAGUCCUGCUCUGCCACUCUGAGUGAGCUGCACCUCCUUUGUUCUCAGCAUUACAGCAGCUCAAGGCUGAGCCCAAACCAGCUAAGAGCAAGUGCAACCCCACUUCCUCCCCUGUGUUGCAGCCUCUGCAGGCAGGCACCGACUGGUUUUCAUUUGGUGACCCUGAUAAGUAAUGUGGUGCUGAGAUGAAGCUGUUUCCAGGUGGUGUUUGCACUGUAGGUCCAGCACAGAUAACAGUGUCUAUCUUAGCAGCUUGUAGAGGGAUCAAAGCUAAAAGCUGAGGUGUGGAUGAGUUGCAGCUGCCAGAAAUGCAGCAGGGAGGAGACAGGGCCCAUUUAGGAGGUGGAAUCCCCACCUUUCCCUUCUCCACAGUCAAUGCUCCAACUUGGAGCGCCUACAAAAGUGGGACAUUUGGUAUAUCUCAGAUAUAUUUGGUGUAUUUGGUAUGUCUCACUGGGCCUUGACACCAACUGUGGGUAUCAGUCAGCAGAGCGACAGCUAGGCUGUAGCAGCAUGGUCAGCUCAGGCAGCACCUAGAGUCUGCUGAGAGGAGAACAUAGAUACCACUCUGUCUAUAAAAUGCCACAGGCAUUGACUGGAGUAACGUUUGUGUCUUUUGUAUGGGUAGCAGCAUGUACCACACAGAGACUGAGCAAGGGACUGGUGAGCACUAGACAUUUCCCUGGGAAAAUUCAGAUGCUGCUGAGGGAAGGUAUUUACAGACCUGCAGCAAAGAAGCUUUCCUAUGCAUGUAGCAUCUCUCAGUUUGCUGGAGGUGACCUUUUCCUCUCGUCAAACCUUGUUUGUUCUUCUCUGCUGCCCAUCCCCAGCUUCUCAGCACAUUAAUGUAAUUGUUGGUGUUAAAGCUGGGUAAAGUGGCCUAGUGUCAAUGUUUUCAAAUAGAUGAGCUUGGCCUGUUCUCCAGUUUUUGUGAUCUUCUAGAUGUACCAUCUCGUUCCAGGGGGUUCCACAGCAUGCAUUCAUCUCAAGACAUUCUCUAAAAGCUGUGAAUGCUAUGAUACAUGGUUCUUCUUUGUGGUUUUAGUCACACCCCUUGCCUGACAGCAUGGAGACAAUCUCUAACCUCUAGAUGUAAUGGGAAAUUUGGUGCCAGCAUGGUUUUGCUUAGGUCCUUUUCCCCAGUCAGGACCAUCCUGCCUGUGUCACAAUACACAUAGCAGAGGAAAGGGGCCAUUGUCCAAGAUACAACUGUCUCAUGGGGAAACAGCUCUGACAUCUGCUUUUGGCCAGAAGUGAGCAUCAGACAGUGAUUUCCACACUCUUUCUCACUCCAUCCCCCUGCUCCUUACUUACCCUCACCAAAUGUUUCAUUUCCAGCCUGGAGAGACAGCAGCAGACUUCAUCCCUGGAUCCCAUAGAAGGGGAUCACACCAAAAUCCUGUCCUCAACUUCCGAGGUGCAGGGAGAACCAGCUCAGGCCCACCAAUGAGCCACUUCAGUGGGAUCCAGUUCCAGUGGAACUGCAUCGCCUCACACUUCCAGGUCACCAAGGCCAGUACAAAAGUGUUGGUUGACCUGACAGAAGUGUUUGGAAACAGGCCCCCAAAUGGAGUGACAGACAAAGUCUGUGUGUUUGGGGAUACUGUGGAGGAGGGAGGGGGGUCCUCUGAUGUCUCUUGGGGGUUUUGCUAUCAGUAUCUUAGGUGGGGAUCCUGGGACAGAGCCUCAUCUGCACCCACCUCCCUCAUCUCCACCAUGUCUUGUCCCAUCCCCACUCCACAUCUCGCAGAGUGCCAUCACCACCACUGAGUGGAGCUGGGACCCUCUUGCCACCAUGAUACCAAGCCAUCCACAACGUUAAAAGCACAAAACACAAAGGGACUGAACUGAACCUUUUAAACAGGGUGAGAUGUUUUAUAAGCGUUGCCUCAUCCACCGCCUCCCCCCAGCCCCAGUGCACCCGCCGUGUAACCUCCAGACUCUCAACGUGGAUUGUUUCAUUCAAAUAAAGCUGCAG